AUGUCUGAAGAUACAGCAACAACAACAACUACUUCUUCUUCUUCUAACACUUCUACUACUACUACUAAUACAAAUGUUUAUCAAAAUGGAAUGAAUGGUACACAUCAUAGUAGUAGUAGUAAUACAAAUACUAAUAAUAGCAAUAAUAUAUCAACAAACAAUCAUGUAAAUAAUAAUAAUAAUAGCAAUAAUAACAAUAAUAAUAGCAAUGUAAAUAGUAAUAAUAAUAAUAAUAAUAACUUAAAUCCAUUUGAAUUAUUAAUGAAAUUAAAUGGUAAUCUUGAAGUGUUUAUACAAUCUCUAAUAUCGAGUAAUGAAGCAAAAGAAAAAACAUACUCUGAAGUUAUUGAGGUCAAUAUCGAAAAUCUACUUGGAUCUAUAGGUGAUUUAGAUGGCUAUCUUAAAUCAAUACAAUCGAAAUAUAAUCAAAAGAAAGAUUUAGAUGUUAAACAGGAGAUAUUUAGAGUAAAGAAAGAGAUUGAAUCAAAAGACAUGCUAAUAGAGAAAUAUAAGAACAAAGUGAAGGAAUGGAAGUCACAUUUCGAACCUAUCUACAGAGAACAAUAUGAAACACUGAAUUCAUCGGGUCAGGUAUUCAGUUCAUCCAGUGAUAUUCCAUUCUCACCGAUGCAAACACCAAUACCAAACACACCAUCGAUUCUAUCAUCACUCUCACAAAGAACACCACCCGCUUUCAAUUUACCAGGUUCCUCUUUCCUAUAA